UUUCUCUUCAUCUCAAAGGCUACUUCUCACCAUGAAACGUUUCUGAGAACUGUGUGAAUAUGGCCACUUCUCAGAAAAUAAACUGCUGAUUGCACAAUAUUAUCAAGACGCCCACCGCAGGCUGCCUCAUGAUUGAGGAAGUGCGUCUGGUUUCCAUAGCCGUAUCAAAACAAAGACUCUUAUUUUACUGGUUCGCGUUGAAGGCGAUUAAAUCCCACACUUCAUGUGAAGAUGACAGCACUCCAGAUGUGGUGUUUCUGGCCCGUUGCUGCUCUCCUCCUUCUCCUGCCCAUCGCUCCCACGUUGGCCGAAGUGGUGAGUUCGAUGUCGGUCUGCGGCCACUUUCUCCUUGAGGAAACUCCGCCUCAGAUCCCGGGUGUCGUGGAAGGCGGGAAAAUCCUGAACCAGAACCGAUACAAGCCCAUCUGCCAGACGUACAGGAACGAGAGGAGGUUUGUGACGCUGUACGACGUCAAGAACAAGAUCCCGGUGUUUUCUGCUUACAAGUACAGAGGAGUUGACGGAAAGGGAAGACCCAAAAAACACUGGAAGAUUGAGCCGCAGCUUGAGAACGAACUUGCCAACAAGAACAUGAUGAGCAAAGACAAGCAGAUAUCCUACAAGCAUCAGGCCGUCGACACUGAUUUCAGAAGCAAUGGGACGUUCGACAGAGGUCACAUCCUGCCGAGCUCUUACGCCUGCACGGAAAACGACAAGCGCUCGACGUUCACCCUAACCAACGUCGUGCCACAAGCGGGUUCGUUCAACAAGGGCAGCUGGAGCAGGAUGGAGCGCUGCGUCCAAUGUGUGAUGGACAAAUACUGCACCAACAGCAGCGGCUUCACCGAGGGCUUCGUGGUAACUGGAGCGCAGCCCGGCUCCGGCAAAGUCCUCAACAACAGGGUCAACGUUCCCUCCGCGCUCUGGUCGGCCUUCUGCUGCUACAGCGCCGACAUGCAGGCCUGGAUAGCGAGCGCUCACUGGGGCGAAAACGUCCCCGACCGCGCCAAAAACAAACACCUGCAGGCGAAGACGCUGGCGGAGCUUCACGGCCUGCUGAGGACCGAAGACUCCGAGUUCGCAGUGUUUCCUGGAGCUCAGUGUCCUCUGCACACCACCGUCGCCGAGUUCUACCCGAAGGACAUCAGCUGCCACUGCCCGCCCAGCGACUCGCCUGCCCCGCAAAGUUCUACAUCUGCUUCUCUUACUGCAACAUCAUGUUCACGUUCCUCAACAUCUGCCCCUUGCAGCUCCACAUCUGCCCCUCAAACUUCAACAUCUGCCCCUCAUUGUUCUCCAUCUUCCCAUCACACUUCUACAUCUGCUUCUCUUACUGCAACAUCUGGUCCACUUUCCUCAACAUCUGCCCCUCGCGACUCCACAUCUGCCCCUCAAACUUCAACAUCCACCCCUCAUAGUUCCACAUCUGCCCCUCAUACUUCA